AUGGCUUGCCUCGGUGAUUCUAUCCGUGGGGACGGAUUAAUGCGGCUUCAUGCAGCUCUAGCCGCGAUAGAGGAAAACUUCCCGAAACUCAGUGGCAGCAUGACAUUGUCACGAUUCAACCAUCCACCACCACUUUACGCCUCAGACCUAUCCGGGACGACGACUCGAUCACCGAGUCCAAAUAUCCUGACUAAGGACCAGCAAAGUCGGCGAGACAGGCGAGACCGGCUACUGGACGAGCGAACCGCCUCCAGACCUAACCACCAGUUCCGGCAACAGAGGGCGGAAGAGGAGGAGCGCAUCAUUGAGGCGGACAGGAAUCAAACGCAGUGUCUACGGGUGGGCGAAAGCUUCUCAGAGGUUGCAUACGAUAUUGUUAAGAAGCGAUGGGUCGAGCCGGGCAUCUGGAGCGACAAAUGGACAUCCACAGCCCUCGGGCGAUGGAAACAUGAAGAACCGCUCGAGAUGGAGUCGGAUUGGGAAACAGACCCUGAAGUGCCCCCUUACUUUCCCUCUCCGAGACCAAAGCCGAGACGCUUAAAGAGUGAUGAUGCACGGCGACAGAUUGCAGAUCGUCGAACUGUCCUAGAGCGCGAGCGUGAGGCGUCACGCCCCUAUUAUCAAUUCAUCUACCAAAUAUCGAAGGAACGGGAACGAAUCCAUCAGAAGACAGCGAGCGGAGAAGACGACUUCCCUGAAAGAUAUUAA